GAGGAAGAGGGCGGGACAUCGUGAAGGGAUUGUCCAAUGAAAACGACCGACGCCAGACACCGGGACCGCGCCGGGGCGGAGAAGACGAUGGAGAAUUUCUCGGCACUGUUCGGAGCUCAGGCUGACCCACCACCACCUCCAACCGCACUCGGCUUCGGACCAGGAAAGCCUCCACCUCCGCCUCCCCCUCCUCCGGGCGGGGGCCCCGGCACGGCCCCGCCGCCCACUGCGGCCACGGCCCCUCCCGGCGCCGACAAGUCGGCGGCUGGUUGUGGUCCCUUCUAUCUUAUGCGGGAACUUCCAGGUAGCACCGAGCUGACAGGCAGCACCAAUCUGAUCACACACUACAACCUAGAACAUUCCUAUAAUAAAUUCUGUGGGAAGAAGGUGAAGGAGAAGCUAAGUAACUUCCUGCCUGACCUGCCAGGGAUGAUUGAUCUGCCUGGUUCCCAUGAUAACAGCAGCCUCCGCUCUCUCAUUGAGAAACCCCCUAUUCUUGGUGGCUCUUUUAAUCCUAUUACAGGGACCAUGCUGGCUGGCUUCCGCCUCCACACUGGCCCGUUACCGGAGCAGUGUCGUCUGAUGCAUAUUCAGCCUCCCAAGAAGAAGAAUAAGCACAAGCACAAACAGAGCCGUACCCAGGAUCCUGUCCCCCCAGAAACACCAUCUGAUUCUGAUCACAAGAAGAAGAAAAAGAAAAAAGAGGAGGAUCCUGAACGGAAAAGGAAGAAGAAAGAGAAGAAGAAAAAGAAGAACCGACACAGUCCAGACCACCCAGGCGUGGGCAGCUCUCAGGCCAGCAGCAGCAGCAGCCUCCGCUAGCCGGGCUCUGCCGGGAUGGCUUUCCCUGCUGCACGGAGCCUGCUGACAACAGCCGCCCUCCAGCUUGGACACUGCCGCGGGAGCGUCCCCUGCAACCGGGUCAGCAGCCAGCCCGCACUGUGCUGGGCUAAGAUCAGUGCAUUAGAGAAGGGCCAUGCUUUGUAAGGCUCAGCCCAGUUGGCUUUCUCAUGGACAUCUCUUCCUCUCCCAGGAAGGUUUCUUUUCAUCUCUUUUGUGCAGUUGCUCUGAUUUAGGACAUUGUCUGAUCUGUGAGGGUUUUUCUUUAAAAAAAAAAAAAAAGUUUGCAUUUAUCAAACUGGUUGAACUGUGGCUGCCUGUUAAAGAGGUAAGUGCCUUUCCAUGUGAGAGUCAGGGUUUAAGCCAGGGCGUUCAAAGAUCUGAGGGGACUUUGGGUCUUACCGUUACAUUAUUAGUAGGCAGGGAGACGACCAAGUGAGACGGGGAACAGGGUGCGCAAGUGAGGCAGAGCCCGCUAAUACAUGUUCACAGCAGACACUUAACACUCUGCCCGUCACGCUGAGAACCAAGCACCUGGAUGAGGCUCCACAGGAGGAGCUGAUCCAGUUAAGGCUCAUCUGUCUUCUAGGUCAGUUUUGUGUUAAAACAGAACAGCCAACUGAAAAAGCACCCACAAUCACCAGUGUAUGUCAACAAGGUUGAUUCCUGGUGAAGCCUGUGAUUUUUUUUUUUUUUUUUUUAAAUCUCUGGCAAAGGUAAAUGCUUCUCUUGUCUUUAUAGGAAUCUUUGCCCUGCCUUAUUCCUUAAAGACAAUGAAACUAUUAGGCUAAUGUGAAAACAUUUCUAAGCUUCUAAGAUAGCCACAGAAAGGCACCCUGAACUAGCAGAAUGUGAAAGAAAUUCCUUCAGUCUUUAUAGCAGGCCAGGUAACUGGAAAUGUCCAUGAGAAAACCCAAGCUAUUGUAAUCUGACUUUAAAUAAAUUUGACACAGAACAGUUAAAA